AUGACUGAUGGAACAUCAACACCUCCAAUAAAUAUAGAUAAAGGUCCAGCUGCUAUUUCUGUAGUUAAAGAUAAUGGUAAUAAAGUAGAACUUGUGGUUAAAGUUCCACAAUUAAAAAAACGUAGAAAGAUAUUUAGAAAUAUAAUUGGUAUAAUUAAAAAACCAUCAGAUCCAUCAAAGUUAUGUGCUAAUGCACGAUUUACAGAAUAUUCACUAGAUAAUUUAUCACUUCAUUUUAUUAUUAAUGUGUUUAAAAAAAAAAAGAGAAGACAUCAAAGAGUUGAAACACUUAUAGGAAGUUAUACAUGUGAAAUAAAACAAUUUCCUUCAAGAAUUUCACCAGAAAGUGCUGAAUUUGAGAUUCUUCAAGCAUCAAGUGGAAAUGCUUUUAUUGGUUUAACUUUAAUAAAAAUAGAUAACAUCAGUACAAAUUGGAAAGAAUUUCAAGACCAAAAUGGUACAAUUGAUGUGUCUCAAAUAUAA